CCAGACACGAUAGUUGUGAGAUCUUGAGUCAUGUUAAAAGCAAAAAUAACUAUUUUAAUACAUAAUCCUUUCUCUGGAUCUUCUAAAAAAGGAGCAUGAGAUGGACCGAUUCAAGACGUCGCAGAGGCGAGUCCAUAUCCAGGCCGCUGCUGUUGGGACAGACGAGGAAGAUGGAGGGAUUCAAGUGCAACAGACUCCGAAGGAGAACGUGAUCGACGAUCAGGAACCGUUCAUGGGAGUGAAGGUCCGAAGGAAAACUUCUCUUUACAGAGAUUACAAGGGAGAUUACAUCGACGUAACUUCUCAUCCUUAUCUUAUCAAGAUCUUGGAAAGACAAGGCCACUGGUUAGAGCACAUCUCUUUUUUUUCUUUUUUUUUGGCCAAAGUUCCGUAUUCCAUCUCUGCAGGUGACCAGCAAGUUCUUUUUGCGGAUAAGAUUCUGAAGUUCACUGGCUCAGGGAAGAUGAAGCGACGUAUUCUGUUAAUUACAGAUUUUGCAAUCUACAUUGUGGACCCAGAAGUCAAUGCACUUAAACGACGGAUAGCACUUGCGGCUGUUGAUAAGCUAUGUUUGAGUGAACUGAGCGAUAAUUUCUUUGCAAUUAUUGUUCCAAGCGAAUACGACUGCCUUAUGGCCAGCACUCGGAAAACCGAGAUCGUUACUGUGUUCGUCGAAGCUACCAAAAGCACAUCCGACUACGAACUUGAGGUUGCUUUCUCCAAUAGGUUUGAAUACAAUGCUUCUGCUGAGUUAGUUAAGGAAGUCCAAUUUGAGGAAGUCGAAGUCGGAGGCUUGGGAUGAGCAGUUGAAAAGAGAGAGGCUAUUUUGCAUUAACCAUCAGUUUUCAAGCUGACCCGGAUGGUUAAGAUAAUUCUUUUGCUUCUUCUUCUUCUUUUUUGCACUGUUGGCCACUGACGACUGGGCCUACUGCAUGAUGAGUUCCAACCACUGACCAUGGCCCACAUACAUUGGAAGAUUUCACAGGUCAAGUUCAGUUGCCUAUGCAAAGCGUCCUCUUUUCUUUCUUUGUUAGUUUUUGAGGCUGCAUUUGGCUCAUUGCCAUUUCAAGAAGAGAGGAAAACAGUUCAUGACAUUGGAUUUUCUACUCUUGAUAGAUUUUUAUUUUUUAUUUUAAAAUGGUUAACCGUGGCUCUUUAUUGUUGCAUUGGAAAUAAUGAGCUCUUUCAUAUCCACAUGAGUGUCGCUUCAUGAUUUUGGACAUUCUUAGUGAGAAUAGAAAUCUCUCUAAUUUUGAAUAAUUUUUCUUGAGACCCAAGCCAAUAGUAGCCUUAUUAAACCUUUUUCCUUUUUUCUAUCGGAUUCUCAUUUCGUGUAUUUUUUUAUUUUAUUUUUUUAAUAUUGCUA